AUGAAAGGCUCAACCAUCCCCUUGCUUUUUGCCGGAGUGACGUUGACAGCAGCGUAUCCCAUCACCGGCGACGUUGUCAACUGUCGUUCCGGGCCGGGCACCAGCUACUCGGUCGUGAAACAAUACACGCAGGGCCAAGAUGUCACGAUUACCUGCCAGACCGAAGGUACCAACGUCAACGGCGUCACCAUCUGGGACAAGACAGCAGAUGGCAACUGCUAUGUGUCAGAUUACUAUGUGCAAACGGGGGUCAAUGGUUAUGUGACAGGGAGAUGCAGCGGGGCUUGCACAGCUCCAAAGUCCAACCAGGCAACGGUGGAUCUCAUUGCCGAAUUUGAAGGUUUUGAGCCCAAUGUUUACAUCGAUCCUACUGGAAAUCCAACCGUCGGCUAUGGCCACCUCUGUCAGCAAGCUGGCUGCGCUGAGGUGCCGUAUCCAAUCCCGCUCUCCCAGGCUGAUGGCAAGAGGCUCUUAGCGAGCGACAUGGCGCGUUUCGAGCAAUGCAUCACAGCCAUGAUUACAGGAGCCACACUCAACCUGAACCAGUACGGCGCCCUCAUUAGCUGGUCCUUCAACAUGGGCUGUGGCGCUGCCCAAACAUCGACUCUGGUGGCAAGGCUCAACAGGGGCGAAAAUGUCAACGCUGUUCUGGCACAAGAGUUGCCAAGAUGGGUGUAUGGGGGCGGAGUGGUGCUUCCUGGGCUCGUGAGAAGGCGAAAUGCAGAAGUCGCGCUUGCACAGACGGCAGGGAGUGGACCAGCGUUGCCAGUGCAGUGUUAGGGAUCUGUUUUGGGUACACGUAAUGGGAAGAAAUGAACGAACAGGUGGUA